AUGUCUAACCAACCCCACAACGACCUCCCGCCAAGUUAUGAUGCAUCACAACAAUCCUGGGGAAACGGCACUCAGCCACAGGAUGCUUCAGCCUCAGCCAAUCCACCUCCAUAUCACAACUGGCAGGAAGCAGUCCCAGACACAGCCACAUUCCCACCACCCCCAAUCACCGGCUACCUAAUCUCAGGCACCGGGAACGCAUCCGAAGACGAUGCCCAACGCGCCCAUGAUUUCUGCGAUUCCGUGCCCCUCUGGCUCCCAACCCAGCCCUCAACUGCCGUCUACCACGACGUGCAGGCCUACGACCUUCGACCCGUGCAGCCAGCCGAGCUGCGUGGCCAUGUUUCGGCCGUUGCAUGCGGCCGCUGGCGUGGACAUAGCGUCGAUGGGAACGGGGAUUGUGUCGUUCUUACCCAGCUGCCCAUGUACUUCCCUGCUGCAGACUCACCUUUUGUGCGGGAGCAGAAGAAGACCAUCUACUUUGAAGUUAAGUUGUUGGCACUGAGGGCGGGGCCGACGCCGCAGGAUUGUAGUGGAAUUUCGAUUGGGUUUGCUGCGCAGCCUUAUCCGUCGUGGAGAUCGCCUGGGUGGGAACGGGGUGGGUUGGGGGUGUUUUCGGAUGAUGGGUGUCGGUUUGUGAAUGAUUCGUUUGGGGGCCGGAAUUUUACCACGGCGUUUAAGGUGGGUGAGACGGUUGGGUUGGGGAUGGAGUUUGAGCUGCCGGAGAACAUCUGCAGUGGGGAUAAGAAGCGUAAGAGAUGCAAGGUGCAUAUCUUCUUCACACGGAAUGGAUGCCGAUCUGGGGGUUGGGAUCUGCAUGAGGAGGUCGAUGCGGAUUCUGGGGGUGUUGAGGGCCUGGAAGGGGACUAUGACCUCUACGGGGCGAUUGGGCUGUUCGGUGGCGUCGAUUUCGAGUCUUGUUUUGACCCUGCAGGCUGGCUAUGGAAGCCGGAAUGA